AUGGUGCUGCUGCGAAAGCUGCCGGGCAUGCCGGGCUGGCCGGCGGCGCUGGGGCUGCGGCUGCCGCAGAAGUUCCUGUUCCUGCUCUUCCUCUCGGGCCUGCUCACGCUCUGCUUCGGGGCCCUCUUCCUCCUGCCCGAUUCCUCCCGCUUCAAGCGUCUCUUCCUACCCCGCCGGGCCACCGCCUCCGCCUCCUCUUCAUCCUCCGCCUCCUCGUCCUCAGCCUCCUCCUCCUCCACCCGCGACACCGAGCUGCCCCGCAGCCCCCCCGCGGCCGCCGAGCCCCGCCACGCCAGCCCGGCCGCCCCGCGCCGCCUGCGGGAGAAGCUCCGCACGGCCGCCCGCAUGGCCGGGCCGCCGGCCCGCACCGCGCCCGGGCCCCGGCAGCAGGUGCAGGGCGGGGAGAGCCGGGCCCGGCCCGCCAGCGCCCAGCCCCCGGCCCGGGACACGCGAGCCCCGUUCCGCUUCGACUACGAGCGGUUCCGCCGCAGCCUCCGGCACCCGGUGCGCGGCGGGCGGCGCGGAGAGGAUCCCGAGACCCGCGCCCGCAGGAUGAAGAUCAAAGAGAUGAUGAAGUUUGCCUGGGAUAACUACAGGCAGUACGCGCUGGGGAAGAACGAGCUGCGCCCCCUGAGCAGGAACGGCCACAUCGGGAACAUGUUCGGUGAGUGGGGCUGA